AUGGAGUUUUUGGCAGUCAUGGCUCCCCAACCUGUGGACAAGCAACUCCUAGCUAAUCGUCAGGCCCAGAGAACUUCAGAGGGGGGCUUUCCUACUUAUAAGAGGCCGAAAUUCAUAUCUAGCAAGACUAGGAGCAAAUCUUCUGGAUCUCCAUCUCUUCCUUCAACUCCUCCAAUCGCCAAAGGGCACUUAGGAGAAAGGCAUUAA